ACUAACACAAACGAAACAAAAUUCCCUCUUCGCUUCUUCAAACCUAGUUCUCUUUCCCCAACCAAUCCAUCAAUCAAUAAAUCAAAGCUUAAUAUUAUUAUUACUGAAGUAAAAUCAUGACAGACCAGGUUUAUUCUGAAGAAUCUAUUAACAAUUCAUCAGGAGUAACAAGACAAAGAAAGAAGAGAAAAUGGGAUCAGCCUGCAGAAUCCUUUAUAUCAGCUGGAUUAGCUGUACCACUGAACAACAUUGGGACUAUUGUUGGAGUAACACUUCCAGGCGUCACUCCAGUAUCUACGACGUACUCGGCUGUUCCUCAUAUUUUUCAGGCUCCCAUCCAACAGAGUGUGGCUUCAGUGGUACAAAAAUUAAAUUUGCCCAAAAUCCAAGAUGAGCUGAUAGCACGAGAAAUUGUCAUAAAUGAUGCUGAACCUACGGUCCGCUACAAGCUCACAAAACGGCAGACACAGGAGGAGAUACAGAGAUGCACCGGCGCAGUUGUCAUAACUAGGGGAAAAUACCGUCCUCCGAAUGCAUUGAAUGACAGUGAGAAACCGUUAUAUCUUCACAUUUCUGCUGGGGCCCACUUAAAAGAGACAGCAGAAAGGAUUGUAGCAGUUGAUAGUGCAGCGUCAAUGAUUGAAGAAAUGCUCAAACCCCGCGUAGGUUCUCUUGCAGCUUCUACUCCAUUUCGUUCUAUUGUCAACUCGGAAGGACAGGUCACCCAACAACUGGAAACAUGCGUCUUUUUGGGCUUCGAUACUGAUCCAUCAUUAAAUAUUGCAGCUCGUAUCCGAGGGCCAAAUGACCAGUAUAUAAAUCACAUCAUGAAUGAAACAGGAGCAAAUGUCUUACUUAGAGGACGUGGUUCAGGAAACCUGGAGAAUCCUCAAAGUCAAGAAUCACAACAACCACUGCAUUUAUAUUUGUCAAGUAUUAGUCCAAAAAAUCUUGAAGAUGCAAAGCUCCUGGCUGAAAAUCUCUUGGACACUAUUAGUGUCGAGUGUGGUGCCUCUAGGGUUUCAUCAUCUAAGGCUUACAAUGCUGUUCCACCACCUCAACAGUUGUUGGCUGGAGUUCAAAGCUCUGGGAAUGAGCAAAAUGAAAAUGGUGGUGUAAUUGGUGCAAGAAUGUCCUCAAGUGUUUAUUCUACAGCAGUAGCUCCACAAGUUUCGGCUGCCACACUCCCUGGGAUGCCUUGUGUCCAUCCGCAAGGAAGUGUUUCACAAAACGUGGGAUCAUUUGGUUAUAGGCCACCAUCCACAACUAUGGCUUCCUAUCCUCAGCCUUCAGUGUCUAGUGGGACAAGCUACAGUGGAUAUGGUGGCAUAUAUCCACAAGCCACACCAUUACAACAAGUUGCCUUAGCCCUUCGACAGUCACCAUAUCCAGUUACCAAUGUAACUACUCCAUCAGCAUCAGCAGGAAAUGCUUUGUCAAAGCCAUCUUCCAACCCUGUUAGUGACACAGAAAAACGACGUGCACAGAGGCGCAAGUUUCAGGAGCUACCAGUUGUUGCCAAGGGCCCUGCAAAACCCCACCAGAACUCACCACAGGGAUCAGAAUUUGUUGAGCCAGGUGCAGUAUCAGAUUCAUGUAGGAACGUUUCAAAUAUGCCGCCUCCAAAGAAGUUGGUGCAGUCAUCAUCAAAUGGGAUGCUACCACCCUCUUCCUCAAUGGCCAUGCCCCCACCUCCACCGCUGAAGUUCGCAGUACCUAAACCGCCGUCCCAAACAACCGGGGAUAAAAACACAACAAAGAUUAAACCAACAUCUGGUCCACCUGUCCCUGAUACUUUGACCCAACUCAUGGAAUACGGGGAUGAAGAUGACGAGGAUGAGGACCUUAGAGAUGAUAAUAGGGGUGAACAAGAAAUCUCAAAGAUUAGUUCUAAGUCAACGUCAGCUGCUGCUCCUAAACCAUUCUGGGCUAUGUGAUUUUUUGUAGACUUCUUAAUAUAACCUCUUGUUUCUUACACUUGUAUUACAAGUAGGCGUAACCUGAGUUCCAUUUAGACAGUCAGCGUUGUAAUACCAGUUAUAGGAUCAUCAUAUUUUUAUAUAUAAACAUCGAUUUGUUGUUUGGUUUUA